AUGACGAUUCACGGAUUUCCUUUUGUCUUUUUAUUGCUACCCAUUGCUAUUGUGUAUGCUUUUCAUUUUCGUGGUGGAACCAUUGCACGACGCCCUUGGAAUAACAGUCAAACAACUGGUAACGUCCAACUCCUAGUACGUCAACGCUACUCGUGGCGUCGUGCGUCUUUUUACUGCGACGAUACAACUAUAGAUUCAGGAAAUCUUAUUGCAAAUGGUGCAAAUGUUUUUUGUGCGUCUGGUGCUUGGCUAGCAGCACUUGUUGUUGGAGGCGGUGGAAACUGGGCUGUUGUUUGUCGAAUCAAUGCGAUCGUUAGACCUGAUGGAUAUAUAAAUUCGAGUCUAUUGGCUACAACUCUUCCUGCCAUCUAUAAGGCGAUCAAUCAACAACAUGUUCAUGUUAUUCAAAUGUCUGAUAAUGAUCGAACUGAUACAUUGAAAUGUCGUUGGGCUACUUCAUCAGACAAUACAAAUUCAUAUGAUGAAUGUGCUGGCGUUUGCUCGGGUGUACCUGGUGCGGUUCUUUACACAAAUAAUUGUACAUUAGUAUUCACAUUACCUCUAAAUGUAUAUUAUACAGCAGUGACUGUUCAAAUCGAAGAUUAUUAUAGUAGUUCAUCAGCAAUGCCUAUGAGUUUUGUUCCACUUGUGUUUCUUUUCUAUGGUUAUACUACACCCAGUGGUUGUAGUGCUCCACCAAGCAUUGUCGGUGUCCGACCCAAUCGAUCUUGUGUUGGUACCCCGAUUGGAUCGACUGCCACUGAAUACGUCAUCGCACAAGUUGGUUGUAACAGAAAAACUAUCAUUAAUUUCACUUUUAGUUCCCCAAUUGGUAUGACUAAAGGUACCAUUCAAAAUCCAAGCACUGGUGUCUAUCAAAUCGUUCUAAGCUGGAUACCUGUCGCUGAUCAAUAUGGGUCGCAAGGCUUCUGUGCAGGAGCUGUUGACAGCACAAAUGUUCAAUCAGAACAAUGGUGUAUCACUUUUUUGGCUGGUUUUACAUCGCCUGAUAUAAUUCGGUCAACUGUUGUUCACGGUUCCGUUUCACUACUCGGCACUAUUUUUCAAAGCCAAACGGCCAUUUCAUUUCAAACCACAAAGUCAGUGGGACGUCCAACUCGUAAUGGUACGUAUAUUCAUUUUACAGAUCCUACUUCAAAUACACUUGUUCAAUCCUAUGGUUGUGGUUGGGCACCAGAAUUUACAUAUGCUGAGAUUACAGUUGUUAUUCGUUUUUCAAUUGCACCAUGGACUAUAGGACAUUCAUACUAUGUAGCAUUCGAUAGUGGUGUAGCUAGUGGAGCAGAAUUUUGUGUUAUCCUUUCAUCGACAACGACCACAACAACUACUUCACUUACAACAGGAACAGUGACAACCAGAGGUUUAUCAACUUCUACCGCCAAUACUCUCUUGACAACAACUGAUGUUAUUAUUAUCACCGGUGCAUCCACACAAACUACGACAACUUCAACUAGUGCACCUACUACUACAAUAAGUAAAAACAAAUUCUUUUUAAUAUGA